AUGAUUUCUGAGCUUAAAACAAGAAGAAGUAAGGUUAUUUCUCUAUUUAUUCAAUGUAUGCUUCUUGUAAAAAACUUAAGGGGAGGUUUUGAGAAUAUUUUUGAAUUAGUGAAUGCCUGUAAUGAUGAGUUGUGUACCCUUUUGCUGGAAGUUGUCUUUACUAAGAGAGAGAACGGUAACGACUUCAUAGGCAUUAGGAGCAAUAUUAAUUCUAAUAUUGAUAUGGAAAGCGAAAAAAAAGAAAGAUUUGGAUUUCUAAAUCUUGGGCUUAAAAGAAUUAAAAAUUCUUAUGAAAUAAAAGGUAUGAAAUUAUAUUUAACUUAG